CUGGCCUCGGCGGCUCAGAGGGGACAGUGGGGAUGGAGGGGCCAGCAUCGGCCACCACCUCUGCCCGGGUGCCCGGGGGCUGCCAGGGAGCGCUGCCCCGUCCCUCUCCCCUCCUGUAGGGUGCAGGGAGUGGAGCUGGGCCAGGAGCCCCCCCUGCGGCAGCGCUCAUCCCCAGCGGCAUGGGGAAGCAGAACAGCAAGCUGCGCCCCGAGAUGCUCCAGGACCUGCGUGAAAACACCGAGUUCUCAGACCUGGAGCUGCAGGGCUGGUACAAGGGCUUCCUGAAGGACUGUCCCUCGGGCAUCCUCAACGUGGAGGAGUUCAAGAAGAUCUACGCCAACUUCUUCCCCUAUGGCGACGCCUCCAAGUUCGCCGAGCACGUCUUCCGCACCUUCGACACCAACGGCGAUGGCACCAUCGACUUCCGAGAGUUCAUCAUUGCCCUGAGCGUCACCUCCCGCGGGAAGCUGGAGCAGAAGCUCAUGUGGGCCUUCAGCAUGUACGACCUGGACGGCAACGGCUACAUCAGCCGGGAGGAGAUGCUGGAGAUUGUGCAGGCCAUCUACAAAAUGGUCUCCUCCGUGAUGAAUAUGCCCGAAGAUGAAUCGACUCCGGAGAAAAGAACGGAAAAAAUCUUCCGACAGAUGGAUACUAAUAAUGAUGGCAAGCUGUCGCUGGAGGAGUUCAUCAAAGGUGCCAAGAGUGACCCGUCCAUCGUGCGGCUGCUGCAGUGCGACCCCAGCGGCACCGGGCAGCUCUGAGCCCCCCACAGCCCCUGCAGACCCCUGCCACCCCUGUCCUGCAGCUGGACACCAC